UUCGAGAACCAUUCUCUUAUGCCUCAAAAUCCCUUGUUCUCUUUGUUUUAGGGCAGCACUGGGGUUUUUUUAGGCCAAACUCCUCUUUGUACCCACUGUUCCUCUUUACCUCUGUUAAAAGAGCGGAAGAAAAAAAAAAUAGAAUGUCCAAAUACAGCAGCUGCCCACCACCUGCAACACCACCACCACCAAAGGUCACCCCAGUCCAAACCCAGCCAUCCCAAAUGCUCCCCAUAUCGCCACAGGCAACGUACGAGAAGGUGAUCUCAGAUGAAAGGGUGUUCAUGGAAACCCUUCAGAAGCUCCAUAGAUCGGCCGGAACCAAGUUUAUGGUGCCUACUAUGGGAGGAAGGCCCCUCAAUCUUCAUCGUCUUUUUGCAGAAGUUACUUCUCGAGGUGGACUGGAAAUUGUCAUAAGAGAUCGCAAAUGGAAGGAUGUAGUAGCUGCCUUCAAUUUUCCUUCAACAAUCACAAAUGCAUCAUUUGUAUUACGCAAGUACUAUAUGUCCUUGCUUCGUAGCUAUGAACAAGUCUAUUAUUUUGGAAAUAAGGGUUCUUCUGUCUCUGUAUCUGCCGGCAAACCUGUUUGUAAAUCAGAACCACUACACCCUGAAGCAGGCAUGAUAAUAGCUUCACCAGCUGCUAACCCUGUUAGUGGAUCGGAGGCAUCUCAGCCACAAGUUUCCACAACAUCAACUGAGGAUAGCAGCACCAAAGACCAGCUACGGACAGAAAUUCCCCCCUUACGAAAAGGCACUCGGGUAACUUGCGAGAUUUAUGAGAAAUUCGAAUAUGGCUAUCUAGUGACUGCAAAUUUUGGUUCUUACACCAUGAGAGGUGUCCUAUAUCAUGUUCCUCUCUUACCAUCUGCAAUCCAAAGCUCAUCGAGUUACCGCAGUCGGAGGUCUCAAAAGGCACUGUCUCGUCCCAGAUCCAACAUGAGUGGCUAUAGCUUCUUUGCUGCUGAGCAGUAUGCUGUACUGAAGCCUGUGUAUUCUGGGAAAGAGAGGGCUGUUGUCAGGCAUAUACGGUAUCUCUGGAGCAGACUCACUCAGGCUGAAAAGGAGGUUUAUCAGGAGAAAGAAAUGAGGAACAGAGUGAAACAGGAAGGAGAUGCUGCAGCACAAGAGUAACUUCUAGCAUGUCUAAGAUGAAUUGGGUCCUCAAUUCUGCAUAGAUAUAAAUGUGCAUUUGGCUUCUGAUGCUUCAUGGAAAGUGAGGUCCGCAUAGAUUUAGAUUUUGAGAACUCAUCCAUACAAAAGAUGUUGCUUUCGAGACAUUAGUGAAAUAAACCCAUGGAAAUUUCAAACUUCCAUACUCAAAUUAAAGGUGUCAUUUUAAUGGUUGAUGAUUGUCUCUAUUUCUCC